UUUGACAGGGGUCUUUUGGACUGUUCGAGUGGGGAGUACCUUGUCAGCGCCGGACACUCCGAACGACCGCUUACCUCAUCCAACGGUGCCCUCAGCAGAGCUUUUCUUCCCUUUAAUUGGCCCCCGAACCUGCUCCAAAGAUGUCCAAGAAGGGGCCAAACGAGGACGAGAAGUUCCUCUUUGUUGACAAGGACUUCCUGAACAGCCCCAUGGCUCAGGCCGACUGGGCAGCCAAGAAGCUGGUUUGGAUCCCCUCAGAGAGACAUGGCUUUGAGGCUGCGAGCAUCAAGGAGGAGCACGGGGAUGAGGUCCUGGUGGAGCUGGCCGACAAUGGCAAGAAGGCGACAGUCAACAAGGACGACAUCCAGAAGAUGAACCCACCCAAGUUCAGCAAGGUGGAAGACAUGGCUGAGCUUACCUGCCUCAACGAGGCCUCAGUGCUGCACAAUAUCCGUGAGAGGUACUUCUCGGGCCUUAUUUAUACGUACUCAGGACUGUUCUGUGUGGUGGUGAACCCCUACAAGAUGUUGCCCAUUUACUCCGAGAAGAUUGUUGAAAUGUAUAAAGGGAAGAAGCGCCAUGAAGUCCCCCCACAUAUCUACUCCAUCACAGACAACGCCUACAGAAACAUGAUGCAAGAUCGUGAGGACCAAUCCAUUCUAUGCACUGGGGAGUCUGGCGCUGGCAAGACAGAGAACACCAAGAAGGUCAUCCAGUAUUUGGCUGUGGUAGCCUCAUCACACAAAGGCAAGAAGGACAGCAGUGCUCAACAAUCAGGAUCACAGUUUGCCUACGGAGAGCUAGAGAAGCAGCUCCUACAGGCCAAUCCCAUUCUGGAGGCUUUCGGGAAUGCAAAGACCAUCAAAAAUGACAACUCCUCCAGAUUUGGUAAAUUCAUUCGAAUCAACUUUGAUGUGACAGGCUACAUCGUUGGGGCUAAUAUUGAGACCUACCUUCUGGAGAAGUCUCGUUGUAUCAGACAGGCAAAGAUAGAAAGAGCCUUCCAUAUCUUCUACUACAUGAUUGCCGGUGCCAAGGAUAAGGUUCGAGAGGAGCUUCUUCUGGAGCCCUUCAGUAACUACCGCUUCCUAGUUGCGGGCCAUGUCCAGAUCCCAGGCCAGCAGGAUGAUGAGAUGUACGAGGAGACGCUGGAGGCCAUGACCAUCAUGGGCUUUACGGACGAGGAGCGAAUUGAUAUCAUGAAGGUGUGUUCAACGGUCAUGCAGCUGGGAAACAUUGAGUUUAAAAAAGAAAGAAACCAGGAGCAGGCCACCAUGCCUGACAACACAGCGGCUCAGAAGGUGUGUCACCUGCAGGGCAUCAACGUGACAGACUUCACUCGUGCCAUUCUCACGCCUCGUAUCAAAGUUGGCAGAGAGGUGGUGCAAAAAGCCCAGACCAAAGAGCAGGCUGACUUUGCCAUUGAAGCCCUGGCAAAGGCUGUGUUUGAGCGCCUGUUCCGCUGGAUCCUAAGCCGAGUCAACAAAGCCCUGGACAAGACCAAACGCCAAGGGGCCUCCUUCCUGGGUAUCCUCGACAUCGCUGGCUUUGAGAUAUUUGAGGACAACUCCUUUGAGCAGCUGUGCAUCAAUUACACCAAUGAGAAGCUCCAGCAGCUAUUUAACCACACCAUGUUCAUCCUGGAGCAGGAGGAAUAUCAGAGAGAAGGCAUCGAUUGGAACUUUAUUGAUUUUGGUUUGGACCUGCAGCCCUGCAUUGAGCUCAUUGAGAGACCGAACAACCCUCCAGGCAUUCUGGCCUUGCUGGAUGAAGAGUGCUGGUUCCCUAAAGCCACAGACGUCUCCUUUGUAGAAAAACUCAUGAACACCCAAGGAAACCAUGUUAAAUUUGCGAAACCAAAACAACUGAAAGACAAGACAGAGUUUUCUAUUCUUCACUAUGCUGGAAAGGUGGAUUACAAUGCCACAGCCUGGCUGACAAAGAACAUGGACCCUCUGAAUGACAAUGUUACAGCGCUGCUUAAUAGCUCCUCCAGCUCAUUUGUGCAAGACCUCUGGAAAGAUUCUGACAGAGUGGUGGGUCUUGACACCAUUGUCAAGAUGUCAGACAGCUCGAGUGGAUCAAAGACCAAGAAGGGAAUGUUCCGCACAGUGGGACAGCUCUACAAGGAGUCUCUCGCAAAACUCAUGACCACACUGCACAACACUCAGCCCAACUUUGUCAGAUGCAUCAUUCCAAACCAUGAGAAGAGGGCAGGAAAGCUGGAUGCCAACCUGGUUCUGGAGCAGCUCAGGUGUAAUGGCGUGUUGGAGGGCAUUCGAAUCUGCCGACAAGGAUUCCCUAAUCGAAUUGUCUUCCAGGAGUUUCGCCAGCGCUAUGAGAUUUUGGCAGCAAGUGCUAUUCCCAAAGGUUUUAUGGAUGGAAAACAAGCUUGCUGUCUCAUGAUCAAACAUCUGGACUUGGAUCCAAAUCUGUACAGAAUUGGGCAGAGCAAGAUAUUUUUCCGCACAGGAGUUUUGGCCCAGCUGGAGGAGGAGAGAGACCUGAAGAUAACUGUGAUUAUCAUUGCCUUCCAGGCCCAGGCUAGAGGCUUCCUGGCCAGAAAGGCAUUUACUAAGAGGCAGCAACAACUCACAGCCAUGAAAGUUAUUCAAAGGAAUUGUGCCGCCUACCUCAAACUUAGAAACUGGCAGUGGUGGAGACUCUUCACAAAGGUUAAGCCUCUUCUGCAAGUGACGCGGCAGGAGGAGGAGAUGAGCCUAAAGGAGGAAGAGCUGCAGAAAUCUAAAGAAAAUGCUGCAAAGUGUGAAUCAGAAUUAAACGAGAUCACCUUCAAGCAUACAGCGAUUUUGGAAGAGAGAAAUGCACUGCAGGAGCAGCUUCAGGCUGAGACAGAGUUGUAUGCGGAAGCUGAGGAGAUGAGGGUGCGUUUGGCAGCUAAGAAGCAGGAAUUGGAGGAAAUCCUUCAUGAGAUGGAGGCAAGACUCGAUGAAGAGGAAGAACGUUCUCAGUCGCUGCUGGUGGAAAAGAAGAAGAUGCAACAGCAGAUGCAGGAAUUGGAAGAGCAUUUAGAGGAGGAGGAGGAUGCACGCCAAAAGAUGCAGCUGGAGAAGGUCACUUGUGAAGGAAAGAUCAAAAAGCUUGAAGAUGACAUCCUGGUGAUGGAAGAUCAUAACAACAAGCUGCUGAAGGAGAGGAAGUUGAUGGAGGAGAGGGUUGCGGAUUACAGUGCUAAUCUGGCUGAAGAAGAAGAGAAGUCAAAGAACCUCACCAAACUGAAAAAUAAACAUGAGUCCAUGAUCUCAGAACUGGAGGUCCGUCUAAAGAAGGAGGAAAAGACUCGGCAAGAGCUGGAUAAGGUUAAGCGCAAGUUAGAGGCUGAGUCAAAUGAUCUCCAGGAGCAACUAGCGGACCUGCAGGCCCAGAUCGCUGACCUCAAGGCCCAGCUGGCAAAGAAAGAGGAGGAACUACAGAAUUCCUUGGCCAGAUUAGAAGAUGAGACCGCUCAAAAAAGCAAUGCUCUGAAGAAAAUCCGAGAGCUGGAGGGCCACAUCUCUGACCUGCAGGAAGACCUCGACUCAGAGAGAGCAGCUAGGAACAAGGUAGAGAAGAUCAAACGUGACCUGGGAGAAGAGCUGGAGGCUCUUAAGUCGGAGCUAGAGGAUACCCUGGACAGUACCGCCACCCAGCAGGAACUCAGAGCCAAACGUGAGCAGGAGGUGACCAUACUAAAGAGAGCAAUAGAGGAGGAGAACCGGACCCAUGAAGCCCAGAUACAUGAAAUGAGACAGAAACACACACAGGCUGUGGAAGAGCUAACAGAACAACUGGAACAGUCUAAACGAGUAAAGGCAAACUUGGAGAAGGCCAAACAAGCUUUGGAUAAGGAGACAUCUGAAUUAACCAUGGAGGUGCGCUCUCUCACUCAAGCAAAGCAAGACGGGGAGCACAAGAGAAAGAAGUUGGAUGGUCAAGUGACAGAUUUACAAUCCCGCUUAAAUGACAGUGAGAAGCAGAAGGCUGAAAUGGGAGAACGCUGCUCUAAGAUCACUGUUGAACUGGAGAGUGUGACAAACCUACUGAAUGAAGCUGAGGGCAAGAACAUUAAACUGAACAAAGAUGUUGCCAGCUUUAGCGCCCAACUCCAGGAUACACAGGAGUUGCUGGCUGAGGAGACACGUCAGAAGUUGCAGUUCUCCACAAAGCUUCGACAGGCAGAGGAUGACAAGAACAACUUACAGGAGCAGCUCGAGGAGGAGAUGGAGUCCAAGAGAAACAUUGAGAGACAUGUGUCCACCCUCAACAUCCAGCUGUCAGAUACAAAGAAAAAGCUGGAGGAAAUGUGCGGGAACACUGAGCUUCUGGAAGAAGGCAAGAAACGUCUCCAAAGAGAUUUGGAGGCAGCCAACACCCAGUUUGAGGAGAAGGCCUCCGCCCACGACAAAUUGGAGAAGACUAAAAAUCGUCUGCAACAGGAGCUGGAGGACACACUAAUGGAUCUUGACAACCAGAGGCAGAAUGUUUCGAACCUUGAGAAGAAACAAAAGAAGUUUGACCAGAUGCUGGCAGAGGAGAAGUCUAUCUCUAGUAAAUACGCAGAUGAGAGGGAUCACGCUGAGGCUGAGGCCAGAGAGAAGGAGACAAAGGCUCUGUCCCUGACGAGGGCUCUGGAUGAGGCUCAGGAUGUCAGAGAGGAGCUGGAGAGAGCCAACAAGGCCCUGAGGACAGAGAUGGAGGAUCUGAUCAGCUCAAAGGAUGACGUUGGGAAAAAUGUCCAUGAGCUGGAGAAGUCCAAGCGAGGCCUGGAGGCCCAGGUGGAGGAGAUGAAGACUCAGCUGGAGGAGCUGGAGGACGAGCUACAGGCGGCUGAGGAUGCCAAACUGCGUCUAGAGGUCAACAUGCAGGCUCUGAAGGCCCAAUUUGAGAGGGAUCUCCAAGGACGCGAUGAGAUGGGAGAGGAAAAGAAGAGACAGCUUGUCAAGCAGGUCCGUGAGUUGGAAACAGAGCUGGAGGAUGAACGCAAGCAGAGGGCCUCAGCAGCAGCAGCCAAGAAGAAGUUGGAGACCGAUAUGAAAGAUCUGGAAGGCCAGAUUGAUACAGCCAAUAAGGGACGAGAUGAGGCCAUUAAGCAGCUCCGAAGGAUCCAGGCCCAAAUGAAGGACUUCCAGAGGGAGCUGGAAGAUGCCCGUGCUGCCCGUGAGGAAGUGCUGACUACGGCCAAGGAGAGUGAGAAGAAAGCCAAGAGCCUGGAGGCAGAGUUGAUGCAGCUGCAAGAGGAACUGGCCUCUGCUGAGAGGGCCCGGAAGCAAGCAGAAGCUGAAAGGGACGAGCUGUCAGAUGAGCUGGCAAGCAACUCCUCUGGAAAGUCAGCUUUGUCAGAUGAGAAGCGUCGGCUGGAAGCGAAAAUCUCCCAGCUGGAAGAGGAACUCGAGGAAGAGCAGAGCAACAUGGAGAUCCUCAACGACAGGCUGAGGAAGAGCACACAGCAGGUGGAUCAGAUAAACAACGAGCUGCAAACGGAGCGCUCGGCCUCUCAGAAGAACGAGAGCGCUCGGCAGCAGAUGGAGCGCCAGAACAAGGAGAUGAAGGCCAAGCUCAGUGAGAUGGAGAACCAGGUCAAGUCUAAGUUCAAAUCCACCAUCAUCGCUUUGGAGGCGAAGGUGGCCCAACUGGAGGAGCAGCUGGAUCAGGAGAACAGGGAGAAGCAAGCUACUGCCAAGAGUGUGCGCCAGAAGGAUAAGAAGCUCAAGGAUGUGAUAAUGCAGGUGGAGGAUGAAAGGAAACAGGCAGAACAGUACAAAGACCAGGCGGAGAAGGCAAACACACGCAUGAAGCAGCUGAAGCGGCAACUGGAGGAGUCGGAGGAGGAGUCUCAGCGAGCCACAGCUGCCCGCAGGAAGCUGCAGCGGGAGCUGGAUGAAGCCACCGAGGCCAACGAUGCCAUGAGUCGCGAGGUCAAUUCUCUCAAGAGCAAACUGCGGCGUGGAAAUGAGCCCUCCUUUGGCAGCGCACCUCGGCGUACUGGCGGAGGUCGGAGGGUGGUUGAGGAUGCGUCUGAGGAGGAUGCGGACUCCCAAAGUGACUUCAAUGGAAAGUCAGCAGACUGAGAGAUGAGACGACAUCAACUAAGCAAAUACUAGCUUCUUCUGACAAUACUUGUUCUUGAUCAUGGAGGUCAAUCUUUUGCUUUAUUUCCAUCUCCCGAGUUCAACCUCACAUCCAAAUAUGCACUGCCUGGCCAGAGAAAAGUAGCAUACUGUUUAAUUCGGCUGCCGUAUCUUUGAGCUCACACUCAUUUGACAUCAUUUAAGUAAGCCCAUGCAAUGUCACAUUUUCUACUACUCAGAGAUGGUUUUUUUGGCCAAGAUCUUGUAUUGACAAUGAGAGCUAGACCUCUGUGUGAUGCACACUCAUAAGAUCCUCAAUGGGGUGAAGGUAUCAAUCAUUUGUGAAAAUGCUUUUACGAUUUGAGCCAAAUGGCAUUGGCUUUGAGACAUUGUCAUCUUGGAAUAUACCCAUGCCAUCAAAGAAGAAACAACAAUCCAUCAUUGUUAAAACCUGUUCAUUCAGCAUAUUCAUGGGCACAGAAUGGGAACCCUGACCAACUGAUACCAACCCAGAUUGUAACACUGCCUACACAAGCUGCUACAUGUAGCAUAAUGGGUGGUAAUCACUUUCAUCCCCAAUUCCUACGCAUCACCCUAGAACAGGGUCAAAUCUGUAUUCAAUAGACCACAUGGCAUUUUUUGCAUUGCUGGAGCCACAACCACACAAUGUCUUAUUUGUAAGAAAGAGGCUAUUAAUUGCAUCAGUUAGGGACAAAUAUCAACUAUUUCAGUAAUCAAUGGCAUACUCUAACCUUUAUGCUUAGUUAAAUCCAGUUUGUUUCAUUUCAAGAGGCCAGGUAGCAUAUAUUUGUCUGCCAUUUCUAGUAGUUAACUGACUUAUCCUCGUUUCAGAGCACUUUUUCUUGACACAAAUCAAAUUGAUAAACUAAACAUCAACCAAGGGGGUUCUUUUGUGCCAUCACUCCCGUGUGAUUUACUGUUUCCAUUUAGUGCUCCACUGAAUGACUAGUAAUGCAACAUUCUGUAUACAAUAGGUGCCACUAAUUACCAUGCUAACCUGCCAGCAGAGCCAAUACUGUAUGUCACAUUUGGAUAGUAUGUCCCCUCGUGUAAAUGUGGAACUACUGCAGCUACGGUUGUCUUUUUGCCUGUGACUGCUGUUGAUGUAUGAGAUUGGAAAUGUCGAUGUCGUCUACACCCAGUGUGCUUUUUGUACCCUAAAUAGUACUCAACUAUGAGAUUUUGUAUGAUCACUGUUCCAUACUUUUACAUAUAAAAGGUUACCAAAGGUUUAGGGUCACCUCUUGUACAAUUUGCUGCAUUCUUGACAACAGAAGUUCAGUCUGUAUUCUAAAAUUUGUAACUGCUAAUCACUCUCGACUGUUCAAUACAGUUAUGUAAUCAACUGAUGUUUACAAUUGCACAAUUUCUUUCUAAUAAUUGUUGAACCACCUGCACACAAAAAUAAAGCUCUAUAUGCACAAAA